AUGGACGUCAAACCACAGCGCCCACCGCGGGCUAUACGCGUCAGAAACGACGAAAACCUGUCCCCUGAGGGCCAUCCUACCAAGACGAUCCAUCAACGAAACAAGUCAAGUCCAGCUCUGGUGACGACGUUUGCCGAAAGUCAAGGUCUCAAAGCUGCGGCGAAGAGGUCUGCUUUUGGCGAUGUGAGCAAUAUCGCUGCAGGUAGACCAAGCAAAGAUGAUUCGACUCUGCAGACGAAGGGCAACAUUAAACCCAACCAGUCCCUCGACCAGAGAAGAUCCCUUGCCCUGCUUCGACCUGCCCAGAAAGGAUUGAAGAACAUUCUUGCCGGGGCAAGCGCGGUCGCGGCAUCGAAGACCUCAUCGAAUUCUUCGACAGCAGAUAGUGUCUCGAUACAGCCACCCAAGAAAACCUUGACCAAGCGUCAUACAGCCAUUUUUAAGGAUACUCGACUCGAUGUUGUUCAGGAGACGGAACUUCCUUCAUCAGAGGUUGUCAACGCGCUACCAGAGAAGGAGCCGGUGUCGGAUCUUGCCACGACUUCAGCUGAGCCUCAGACUUGCCUUCUUCCUCCCCCAGCCCCAGCGCCUGUUCCUACUGAGCCGACCAAGGAAGCCCAAAGUCUUCAGUCUGACACCAGCUUGCCCGGCAUUGAAGAGGUCAGCCUUGGACCCUGUGUCUCCAGCGACGCCAACCACGAAAUCGAGUUAAAGGAUGUUAGUGUCACUUCUUCAGAAUAUCUUCCUCAGCAACCUUCAAAACAUUCCUAUGACCAUCCCCUGCCUCAACAUCUUCAGGGCUCCACAGAGACACAUGCUCCAGCUGUUCGAAAAGAAGCGCAACCAAUGGCGGUGGCAACACUUGUGAAUCCGAUCGAGAACAUCCCUCCUCUCAGUCCCCAUCACUCCUACAUUCAGCGAAAGAUCGAGCAAGAAGAGUACUGGGAUGAAGAGGAUGAUGACAACUAUGAGGAAGAGAGCUACGUGACGGCGAGGUCAUUCCGAUCGAAAGGAGACAAUACCACGGGAGGGGCCACCACAAUCCUGUUCCCCCAGAUGAAUCAGCGAGCCCGCAAGGAGAUUGCUGCAGCGAAACAGCUGGUCGAGGCGACUCGUUCUCCUGAAGAAGUCGAGGACGAGAGCUACGACACCAGUAUGGUGGCUGAAUAUGGAGAAGAGAUCUUCGACUACAUGAAGCACCUCGAGAUAAAGAUGCUCCCCAACGCUCAUUACAUGGACAACCAGCACGAGAUCCAGUGGUCAAUGCGCUCGGUGUUGAUGGACUGGCUGGUUCAAGUUCAUCUCCGCUUCAACUUACUACCAGAGACUCUUUUCCUGACCGUCAACUACAUCGACAGAUUCCUCUCCUGCAAGGUUGUUUCUCUCGGCAAAUUACAGCUCGUUGGCGCGACAGCCAUCUUCAUUGCUGCCAAGUAUGAGGAGAUCAAUUGUCCCUCGGUCCAAGAGAUUGUUUACAUGGUCGAUGGCGGCUACAGCAUGGACGAAAUUCUGAAGGCUGAGAGAUUCAUGCUCACCAUGCUCCAGUUUGAGUUGGGCUGGCCUGGGCCGAUGAGCUUCUUGAGGAGAAUCAGCAAAGCAGACGACUACGACCUCGAAACACGAACGCUGGCCAAAUACUUUCUCGAAGUCACGCUGAUGGACGAACGUUUCAUCGGUAGUCCUCCUAGUUUUACAUCAGCUGCGUCGCAUUGCCUAGCACGCGUCAUGCUUCGAAAAGGCACCUGGACCCCUCAUCAUGUGUACUAUUCUGGUUACACCUAUGCACAGCUUAAGCCACUCGUCGGUCUCCUCCUGGAGUGCUGCGAAGAUCCGCGCAAGCACCACAAUGCAGUAUUCAACAAGUACUGCGACAAGCGAUACAAGAGAGCUUCAGCCUUCGUCGAGACGGAGAUCCAGAGAGGGUUCCAGUUGCCAGAUCCAGCUGCGUCUGUACCUUUACUUCAACCAUCCAUGGUGUCAUUCUACGACAGUGUCCCUUACAUCCGCAUGUGA